AUGUAUCUCUUUCGUCUUCUUUCAGGCUUGGCCACCAUCGCUCUUGUUACAGCUGACUGCGAGUGCGGCUACCGGGCCAGGAAUUCGACACAUCAUGGUGAAGAAUGGAUGUUCACCGAAGCGCUUGAAACGGACUUUAGUGAUAUACACGACCUGUCGGGAAAUACUGAUUGGAUAAGGCAAGGAUUUAAUGUCUCUGCCGAAGAUGGCCGUGGCGGCUUUGGCAAGUCAUUCAAACCUAGCAACGUCGAAGCAAGGCCAGCCUCGGGCGGCAGCAUAGAUGGGAAUGCAAAUGACGCCGGAGUUGCAUUGCGUGUGAGCAGUACAAUCGAGGAUAAUUUAGUUCUAUCGGCUGAGCUCGACUCAUCUCGACUGGAUCUUCACUGGGGAUCAUACCGAGCAUCGAUGAAGUUGCCACAAGUGCCAGGCACUUGUGCAGCCUUUUUUUGGUAUUUCAACGACACCCAAGAGAUUGACAUGGAGUUUCUCUCAGCGCAGUUCGAUUAUACGAAUAAUGUUUAUCCACUGAGCCUUGUUGUUCAGUCUCGGCAAUCGAAAAUGGCCGGAUACGACGCAACCAAAACAGGGACCUACCGACGAGUAAACUUAACUUUUAACCCGACACUUGGCUUUCACGAAUAUCGGAUCGACUAUUUACCUGGGAAAGUAGCCUUCUAUGCUGAUAGUCAGCUAUUGGUUGUAAUGCAAGGCGAGGAGAUGCCCACAAGAGGAGGUCAUAUGAUACUCCAGCAUUGGAGUAAUGGGAACCCUCUGUGGUCGGGAGGGCCACCCAAGAGCGACUCCCUCAUGAUUGUUCGCUACGUCAAAGCUUAUUUCAACUCAUCAAAUCCGGAUCACCUCAAACGUCAAUUGGCAGCAUGCCGUAACGAGGGAAUGACCCUAAAGGAUACAUGUCUGAUCCCAGAUGGAACUGCAGGCGAUGCCGUUUCUGGUGGCAAGUCUUUUCUAAAGACCACCGACGCCAGUACUAAGGAGACAGAAAACAGUGAUAAUGACCGGAGUGACAAAGAAAGAGGAACAGCCACCUCAUCUAGGGCUGGGGGCAUUGCACACAGUGGGUUUGUGUUGGCAAUGGUCUUGUUUCUCCUCGAGGCUUAG